GUACUCCAAAACGCUGCGGCCCUCUUCUUUCCUGGGGGGGGGGGCGGGAGGACGGAAGCAAUGGGGGCUCCGCCGGGGCGGAGAGCGGGGCAGGGGGGAGGGCGGUGCUCGGACGAGCCCUGCCCCGCUCCCCGCCCCGGCUUCGCCGCCUUUCAGCCCUGCGGAGGCUGAGGAUGAGGCUCGCAGCGCUGCGGGGCUGCCUGCCGCCGGCACUGCCCGGGGCCCCGCGGCGGGGGCUGAGCGUGCCGCGGGCGGCGCGCAAGAUCACUGAGAAUGCAAGAAAAUCCUUGGCCUCUCUUAAGAGAGAAAACCCUCGGCUUGAGCCAACGCUUGCCAUCAUCCAGGCACGUAAUGAUCCUUUGGUUCAAGAAAUAAACAAGAACUUUGCUGAGGAGGUUGGUCUACGUGUUGUUCACAUCUGUCUCCCUGAAGGCAGCAGCAAAGAUGAGAUUGUCAAUGAAAUCUUGAGGCUUAAUGAGGAUCCUAAUGUGCAGGGCCUUGCCCUUGACCUCCCAGAAAGCUCAUAUAGCAGCAAGGUAUUAAAUGCUGUGAAACCUGAGAAGGAUGUGGAUGGAUUAUCUGAUGUAAACCUGGGACGUUUGGUACGUGGAGAUGCCUAUGACUGCUUAGUUUCUCCUACUGCUUGUGCUGUGAUGGAGCUUCUUGAAGACUUAGAUGGGAAGAUGGUGCUGCUGGUGGGCGCUGACGGGGCCCUGGGGGCCUCCUUGCACUGCCUGCUGCAGAGGAGGGGAGCCACCACCACCAGCUGCCAGUGGAAGUCCCGUGAGCUACAGAACAAGCUUCAUCAUGCGGAUGUGGUGGUAGUUGGCAGUACAAAACCUGAUGAUGUUCCUGUGAGCUGGAUAAAGCCUGGAACCACCAUCAUCAACUGUUCUCGUGACUUGCUGUCAGGGAAACACAACUGUGGUCAGCAAAACAACCAUGCUGCUGAAAACGCGGUUUGUUCUCUCGCAGUAGCAAUGCGAAUGCAGAACAUGGUAAAAAACAUAGAGCGAUGGAUCCAGUCGCAGCAGUUCAGGAAGUGGGACCUCCGCUGCUUGAAGCUUCAACCUCUCUCACCAGUGCCCAGUGAUAUUGAGAUUUCCCGAGCGCAGAGUCCAAAAGCUGUCGAUGUACUUGCCAAGGAGAUAGGAUUGCUUACAGAUGAAAUUGAAAUCUAUGGCCAAACCAAAGCCAAAGUACGUUUGUCCCUGCUGGAAAGGUUAAAGGAUCAACCAGAUGGAAAAUAUGUUCUAGUUGCUGGAAUAACCCCUACACCCUUAGGAGAAGGGAAGAGCACAGUUACAAUUGGUCUUGUUCAGGCUCUUACUGCACACCUUAACAUUAACUCCUUUGCUUGUCUGAGACAACCUUCCCAAGGACCUACUUUUGGAGUUAAAGGUGGAGCAGCCGGUGGUGGAUAUGCUCAAGUGAUUCCCAUGGAGGAGUUCAAUCUUCAUUUGACUGGAGAUAUUCAUGCUAUAACGGCUGCGAAUAAUUUGCUAGCUGCUGCUAUUGAUGCUAGGAUCUUGCAUGAGAGCACUCAAUCUGAUAAGGCUUUGUAUAAUAGACUGGUUCCAGUAGUUAAUGGUGUGAGAGGAUUUUCUCCUAUUCAGUUUGCCCGUCUGAGAAGGCUGGGAAUAAACAAGAUUGAUCCUGGGACUUUAACAGAAGAAGAGAUCAGUAAAUUUGUGCGUCUUGAUAUUGACCCAUCUACCAUAACGUGGCAAAGAGUGGUGGAUACAAAUGAUAGAUUCCUACGCAAAAUAACGGUUGGCCAGGCGAAUACAGAAAAAGGAUUUGUCCGUCAGGCUCAGUUUGAUAUUGCUGUUGCAAGUGAAAUUAUGGCAAUCCUGGCACUCACCAACAGCCUGGAAGAUAUGAAGGAGAGGCUGGGGAAAAUGGUGGUGGCUAAUGACAAGAAAGGAGAACCAGUAACAGCAGAGGAUCUGGGAGUAACAGGUGCUUUGGCAGUUUUGAUGAAAGAUGCAAUUAAGCCAACACUAAUGCAAACAUUAGAGGGAACACCAGUAUUUGUUCACGCUGGACCUUUUGCUAACAUUGCACAUGGAAAUUCUUCUGUUUUGGCAGAUAAAAUUGCCCUUAAACUAGUUGGGGAAAAAGGAUUUGUUGUGACUGAAGCUGGCUUUGGUGCUGACAUUGGGAUGGAGAAAUUCUUCAACAUCAAAUGCAGAGCCUCUGGCUUGGUUCCCAGUGUGGUUGUACUUGUUGCUACAGUGAGGGCUUUGAAGAUGCAUGGAGGUGGGCCAAAUGUAACUGCUGGUGCACCCCUGAAGAAGGAAUACACAGAAGAGAACCUCCAGCUGGUAGCUGAUGGCUGCUGUAAUCUACAGAAACAGAUUCAAAUUACUCAGCUCUUUGGAGUUCCUGUUGUGGUUGCUCUAAAUGUCUUCAAAACUGACUCUCCUGCUGAGGUUGAUCUGGUGUGUGAGAUUGCAAAGCAGUCUGGAGCUUUUGAUGCUGUACCCUGCAAUCACUGGUCGGAUGGUGGUAGAGGAGCAGUAAAACUAGCUCAAGCUGUGCAAAAGGCAGCCAAUCAGAAAAACAGUUUCAAAUAUCUCUACAGCUUGGAGCUUCCUAUUGUUGAAAAAAUAAGGAUCAUUGCUCAGAAGGUGUAUGGAGCUCAAGAUAUAGAAUUGUCUCCUGCUGCACAGUCACAAAUCGAUCGUUACACCCGGCAGGGAUUUGGAGAUCUUCCCAUCUGCAUGGCAAAAACUCACCUAUCCCUCUCCCAUCAGCCUGAGAGGAAGGGUGUUCCCACUGGUUUCAUUUUGCCGAUUAGUGAUGUGCGAGCCAGUAUUGGAGCUGGAUUCAUCUACCCUCUGGUAGGAAUGAUGAGCACCAUGCCAGGACUGCCCACGAGGCCGUGCUUCUAUGACAUUGACCUCGACCCCGUCACAGAGCAAGUGAAGGGAUUAUUUUGAGACUGCAGUCAAACUUCAGAAGCCUGGAAAUUAAGAGCUGCAGCUUUUCUAUUUCCUGCAAACAGGAGACAAAAAUGAAUUUGAAGUAUUCCUGUUAUGUGUCUCUGGAGGAAUGUCAAGAUAGACCAAAGAGCAAAAGUUUACUCUUUCUUCAAACUAGUUUUUUAUGAUGAAAUAUAGCUGUGAGGUUAAAAAAAAAAAAAAAGGAAAAGAAAUGACAAGCUAAAUGUUUCUCACUGUAGUGCAGAAAGCUCUCUGCAGGGUCUUAUACUUGUUUGUGGAUAAACUGACAUUGAAAAAAAGUGGAAUUUUUGCCUUUAGAGUUUUCAUCUUUUCUCAAAGGAGUUAACAGAACUAUUUCCCUUAUCCUUGGCCAUCUAAAAACUUACGCAAACAUGAUUAUGCUGUGUGAUUGAGCCUGUUUCUCUCAAAAAAAUACGCUUUGGCUCCUGGCAUUCAGGAGCUGAAACUAUACACAGAUUAACUGCACAUUUUUGAGUUAUCAUCAAGUGUUGCUCUGGAUGCAUUUGGGCAACAGCCAAGCUUCAAGCAAGGAAGAUAUUAAGUAGAGAAAGAACAGAGCAUGUAUUUUGUGAAGCGUUUCUAAUAUAUAAUUAGUUUCCUUGGUGGGCAAAUAUCUUCUGAAACACUUCAGCCAGAGCUGUCUCAUAUCCAUAGGUCUCUGUGUAUCCGAAGCAUAUGUUAGAGGCUGUCCAGCUGACAAUGUGCUUGUUGUGGUGGAGCUGGUUGUUCAGAGAGGGCAUUGCUCCAUCAGAAGCCCUGUUAUGCUCCAGUUCCUGGCUAAUGAAGCCUCCUGCUGUGCUGGCUCCAGACCUAGAGGCUCUGUGCCCUGUCCCUGGCAGCGUACGACGCCCGGGAAUGAGAGAAGAAUGCCCAUCACGCGAGGAUGCGACAGGGCAGGACUUUGCUGUGCAGUUUUGAGCCGCCUUGUAAAGCUGGAAUGUGUUUUGUAUUUGAAGUGACUACUCAAACAAGUCAAAUCCUCAGCAGUGUGCGUUAAUUUACCUCUCUAACUUAUCUUUUCCAGUUUCCCAAAUCUGCAGCAAAAUGUGCCUUAAGCUUUGGAUACUGCGUUUAGCUUUCCAAGCUGCUGCUCCUCAGGAAACUCUCACUGACAGACUGUUGGUUCCCUCAAUAACAAAAAAUGCGGCAGAACAAUAGGUUUAAUCGAGACAAUAGGCCAUUGGUUUUUUUAAGGUAAAAAGCAGCGAAAUAAUGAUGAGGGAGUUUAUUUUCCUGGUGACGUUUUCCAUCCUGUUGCUUUGCUCCGCUUACGCACAUCUGUAUGUUAUGGGCCGAUACAAUGCCGUUUGGGUUCCCUUUUGCACAGCCACCUUUGGAGCCUGAGUUGCAGCACAGUUCCUGAGAUAAUUGAGGGGUUUGUUUGGGUUUUUAAAAUCAUGCUUGGUUAUUUAUAAACCCCAAACUGUAAUUAUGGACCAAAGAACAAACUGGGGGCAAUUAAAGUAAUUAUCUGUACCUUCCCUGGAGUAGCACGGAAAUGUCUGCUGACUGCAUUUAAGAACGGCUCUAUUCAUAGCAUUGUCUCCCAGCACCGGGGGGAUCGCAGUGAUGGUAAACAUAAAAAAAAAUAAAAUAAAAUAAAGCUAUCUGAUACUCUAGCCUGAUUAGGUGAUAGAGCUCAUAACACUGUGGAUGCUUUAAUUUAACUGAGGAGAAGGACAAACCUGCGAAGUAGAAAGCAAAAUUCACAUAUGGAUUUCACAGCUCCUGCGGACAGAGAGUUCUGGUAUUUUCUAUUAAAUUGUGCCCCAGAAUACAACCCCACUAUUCGUAUGCACAACUGUGUUGUAAUUUAGUCCCGUGCACACCCAGAUACAUAGCCUGGAAAAACCCAAAGACUUCUGGAAAGAAAUAAGAGUGGUUUCCAGGCAUAGUUUUCCUAUAGUUCCAGCAGUUUUUUCAAGAUAUAUAAAUGAGGUUUUCCCUGUCUUGCCCAGUGAAAUUCAGAAAACCAUAACCUUGCCUUACUCGGGGUCACCGUGGCUUCCCCACUGCUGUGUGGGACUUAUCUGAUGGGAUUGUGCAGUGUGGGCUGCUAAAGAUGACACUGGCUGUCCGCUUGUGGAGCAUCCUUACACGUGCUUACUGUCCCUUCAGGCCAUGCACACUGGGGCUGUUUUUCUGACCCAUCGGUCUCUCCCUAAAACACCGUUCCAGCUCUGUUCAUUUAGAGUUAAGAAACAUCCAGUAAUUUUUCUACUUUUACAUGCCUAGGAUUUGUUACAUUAUUUUGAUAGCUUCAAUAAUUGAAGGAAAACAGGAACGACUCUCUUUUGUUUCAUCCUAGCUUUUUUCCCCCUUCUAGUUAACUAUCUGCAAAAUCCCUCGAGCUAUUCCAUUUUUUGGCUCGUCAUUUUAUAUUUUAGCAGAAGAUUUGUUAAGAGUAAUCCACGCUGGCCUGCGGGUUCUGCCUCGCAGUCUGCAGGGAUUGAGUUAUUGGCCAUCGGCUGAGCUGCAGAAACAGUCCCAGUGCCUUCCCUUGGGCCGCCCUAUUUCUGAGGCCAAAUGCCUUCAUCAAGAAGGGUUUAAAAUGAAAUUUUUGCGAGGUAAGUGGUAUUGCUAGGUGUGUCACUUGUUGCUGCACAGCUGGGCUUGUAGAUGUGGGGCUCCCGCCUUUGCGUCGGCUCUGAGCAAUUUUGCAGCAUUGCAGACGUGCAGCUUUGCGGGGCAGUUUGCCUAUAGCACGUUAAAAACCACACGGGUGUUUGUUGUCAGGUCUGCUUUUUGUAGGCACUGAGUAUUUUGUUAUUGCUGCUGCUGAAAACUAAUGAGAUUGAAAUAUUUCAGACUGAUUAAAACAGGUUUCUUGGUUUGUACUUUAAAAUUAAAAGCUCUGGGUUUUCAGUUGCUGUAAACGUAAAAAUAAAGGAUGUGUGCUGAUGUUCAGUUUG